AUCACAGCUUCCACCAGGAUGCUGAGAACCAAAAUCAGCCAUUCUGCUCUCCUGCACAAAAACCAAAAAUAACACGUCACCAGCCAAUCACCCUUUUAUUUUUCCCUUUCACUGUUCCAGAUCACAAUACUAUUGGCAUCUAUGUCCAACGACACAAAAAGUAUCAGCAAAGAAGGAGGUAGCGUUGUAUGACCGCCAGAUCCGUCUCUGGGGCAUGGAAGCGCAGACGCGCCUGCGCAAUGCCUCGAUAUUAAUACUCGGGGUGAAAUCGCUGACCCUCGAGGCCAGCAAAAACCUAGUGCUCGCCGGCAUCGGGCACCUGACGCUCUCGGACAGCUCACCGGUAACCGAGGCCGACCUGAUAAGCGCCUACUACUCCUACGAGGCCGACGUAGGCAAGCGCAAAGACGAGCAGCUGUCGGAGCGCCUAAAGAUCCUCAACCCUCUGGUGGACAUAGAAGCACGGACGGUUGGCGACGACGAGCUGCAGCUGUUCGACAUGGUGGUGGUGGUUGGCCAGAGCUUCGAGGUUGCGAAGCGCAUUAAUAGCGUGUGCAGGAGAAAUGGCGUGAAGAUGGUCGUGGCGGAUGCAUUUGGGUUGUUUGGGUUUGCUUUCGCUGACUGUCUGGAGCAGCAUGAGUUUGUUGUGGAGACCAAGAAGGUGGAGGGGAAGACGGGCGAGCCCGAGACGAAGCGUGAGAAGAAGGCAAUUCCGUAUGUGACGCUGGAAGCGUCGCUGGGCAAGUCGUUUGGGAUGCCAGUGCGUCGGAUGCGGCGCGUUAUGUCGCCGCUGAUCAUCAUUUACCAAGCAAUCUACGAGUCGCUUGCUGGCGCCCCUGCACUAUCCGAGCAGAAAUUACUGGACGCAGCGCAUAUGGUGUGCAAUGGCAAGGGAAUCUCCCUCGUGCCCUGUGCGGCCAUGGUCGGCGGCACACUCACGCAGGAAAUCCUCAAAAUCAUCACCAAGAAAGAGCGUCCCAUCCACAACUGGUUCGUGUACGACGCGCGCAUGGCUGAAGGGGUGACAUUUACCGUCUAGGUGUAUUUCAGGAAUGAAUGAUAUUAUUAC